AUGACAGGCAAUCGACAGCUCCGUCAUGAUCCAGAAUCAAAACUCGUUGUACUCCCACACAAACCAAAACCUAAUGUCAUCAUUCAUGAACACGGCGACUUUAUCGUUAAACCGACACACAUUCAACCUCUUCCACAUCGGAUAACGCUCUGUACGCAGUGUUCAUUCGGGGCAAGCGCGGAUAAGUUCGAAGGACCGGCUAGUGUGGUCAUGCCAGCACAAUCCUUCGAUGUGCAGCCGGGUAAUGAGGUAGUGACAUUCGUGAAAAGAAAUGGGCAGGAAAAGUGGGUGGCAGACAAAGUUCAACAAGGUGGAGUGACGAAAGAUGAGAGACUCGAGGUGGGGACGACGGCAUUGACAGCGUCGGACGUAGGAAGUGGAUUGAAUGAAAUAGGUGCGGGGAAGCGAGGGAACGGAGGCGACGUGAGGACUGAGCGAGGGCAAAUAAUUUCGUUUGGUAGGCUUUCGAGUGAAGAAAGGGAUGACCGGGAGAGGGGCGCGACUGACUGCAAUGAAGUAAUGAGCGAAAAGAUGAAGAUGAAAGAAAAGAAGCACAAGGGAUGCAUUCGGACCGAACAUGGAAGCAAAACGUUAGCGACGAAGCAAAACGUUGAGGGACGCUACGAAGGUAGUGGAGGGUGGUCACAGCCGUAG